UCAGUCUCAGAGAGCGACAAUUUCUGACAUAUAUCCAGAGCUACAUGACAUAAAGAAAGAGGCCGUCCCGACAGCUCCAACGGAGGCAGAAGGUAUGAGACAGACCCCCCCUUUGGUGCCCCUCAACCUGGGCCUGGGGGACCUGACCCUCAUGCCCCGAGGAUUGGUCAUCGCCCCGUGCCCCUGGACUGCCCCACGUAUCAGCAUUACACACACACCUGGCCCUGCACACUCAUAUACACACACACCUCCAUACACACCUGUGGAGGGACAGGCAGCAGGGGACCCCAGAAAGACAGCACUGCAGUCAGACUCAGUCUCAUCGGUACAGUCAGCCCCAGCUGAGCAUCUGUCCCUGGGGGAGAUCAAGGCCCUGCUCCCCCGGAGGCUGGGGGAGAGGCUGGAGGAUGUGAGGGCAGCGUUCAAGGCCCUGGACCCUAAGGGGAGCGGCUCAGUGACCCGGGGGGAGUUCAGACGGGUGGUGGAGGCCUUCCUCUUCCCCCUCACGCAGACCCAGCUCAACGCCAUGUUGGCCAAGGUGUCUAAGAGAGACAGUGUAACGGUGGACUACAUGGACUUCCUGAGGAGGUACAGCAGGGUGACUGCAGCACAGAGACCAGACAGCUCUACACCCUCCUCUACAGCACAGAGACCCUACAGCUCUACACCCUCCUCUACAGCACAGAGACCACACAGCUCUACACCCUCCUCUACAGCACAGAGACCCUACAGCUCUACACCCUCCUCUACAGCACAGAGACCAGACAGCAACACCAGGUGUGUCUCUGGAUCAGACCAGAGAGGUAUGACCCUGACUGAGAUACAGCAACGCCUCAAACACAAGAUUGGGAGCAACCUGAAGAAUAUAAUCCGGGCCUUUCGUGUGUUCGACUACAACCGAGACGGACAGAUCCAGCAACACGAGCUGCGCAGGAUACUGGAGAACUACUGCUUCCCCUUAACACAGAGAGACUACCAGAGACUGUGGACCCACUACAGCCCUAACAACAUGGCAACCAUGUCCUACAAAGUGUUCCUGGAGAAGCUGGGCCUGGACUCUAACAAGUACAGGAAGUUUGUCCCAGAGCUUCCAAAGCUAGCGUUGGGCUGGCAAGGAAUUAGUCCUACAGACAAGACAAAACAGAGGAACAGAGCAGCGUCCCAGAAUGCAACAGGAGAUACACAGGAGCUCCAAGGACUGACUCAAGACAAGCUGCAGACGCUCUUCCUGAAAAAGUUGUGUGUGAGCUGUACCCUAGUAUGGCGAGCACUGCAGGCGUUUGAUGUCACCCACUCUGGACUGGUGUCACAGGAAGACCUGAGGGCCAUCCUCAGCAGCUUCCUGUUUCCCAUGAGCCUCAGCACCUUCCAGAGCCUGACCUGCCGUUUUGGGGUGAGAGCAACAGGGCCUGUGCUAUGGAAACAGUUCCUGGGUCAGUUUCAGGGUCCAGUCACAGAGGAGGACCACACCACUCCUCAAACAGACAGGGUUCCUGAGCUACCUGAUGCAGAGGAGGGCCAUCGGAGUCUGACGGCGUUCUACCCUAUACUGAAGAGAGCCUUCAAACAGUUGGACAGGGGUAGGAUAGGGAGGAUCACUAGGGCAGACCUUCGUCAGGCUUUGGAGGUCCCCCAGUAUAACCUGAGGGGUCCCCAAGGCUCCUGGUCCAGCUGCAGGGAGCCCCACACCCCCAGGCCCCGUCUGAGCCCAGACCAGGUCAGAGAGCUCUUGAUCCUGCUGGACCCAGAGCACACUGGGCUCAUCACCCAGCCCAGCCUGGAGCUCCUCAACCCCAGGAGGGUGCACUCUGCCCCGGGAAGGGAGACACUACACACCCCUACUGGAGGGUGGAAGGAGGAGGUCAUGGAGGAGGCGGCUCAGGAGGAGAAGAGGGAGUUGAAUGAGACUCAGUCUCCACAGUGGAUUGAAAAGGCACCCACGAAAGCAGACACAUGGACUACCGUGAAGGGCUUGCUGUGUGAUAAGCUGAGUGAUCAGAUAGGUCCCAUGUUGGGGGCUUUAGGAGACUGUGACCCUCGACAGACAGGAUCUGUUCGCCAUGAAGACCUGAGAAGGAUCAUACAAUGUUACGGCUUGCCCCUCUCACACACACACUUCAACAAGCUGUGUGAGGCCGGUUUAGACCCAGACCCAGGGUCAUGCAGGGUCAGGUAUAGACAGGUCCUGAGGGCCCUGGGCCUGCCUACAGGAGAGACACAGACAGGCACUAUUCACUACCGCCACAAGGGCUCUGACAGACUGAACUCCCAAUCCCAGAAUGCCUUGGAGAACAACAGGCCAGUGCGUCCCCUCAGCGCCACUGUGGGGGGUCCAAGGGUUCGCACAGUGGAGAACAUCAUGUUCAGGAAGCUCAAAGAGAGGCUGGACCACAGACACGUUACCCUUGAUGACCAUAUCCGGGCAACGGUCAGAAGCUCAGGCGGAAUGCUGUCGUUGAGAGAUCUAAAGAAGAUACUGGAUGACAGCAGGAUUACCUUGGAUGAGAAGCAGUUCCGCAAGCUCAACGUAUCGCUUGGUUUCAAAGAUGGAAAAAUGUCUUGUUCGGCUUUCCUGGCUAAGUAUGAUGAGAACCAGGCCAAAGAGCGGGACCAGGCCUCCGGGGGUAACCGUGGUAACCUGCGGGCUAAGCCACGCCUCCUGACAGCGGAGGACUGCCUGAGUGUGAUCAAAGACAGGAUCGAGAACAUCCACGGGGACAUCCUGUCAGCGUUCCGUGUAAUGGAUAAGAACUGUGACAGCGUGGUGGACAGAUAUGACUUCAGAGAGCUGUAUGACAGUCUGGGCCUGGUCACCAAGGAGAGGGAGUACCAGCGCCUGCUGCAGCUUCUGGGCCUGCAGCCUGGAGCCAACCUCAACUACCCAGAGUUCUUCACCCUCGUCCAAUCCAGCGGCAAGACCCGCGGGCAGAAGUUCAAGCCAGCCAAUGGGCCAGACCAACUCCAUGACCACCUGGUGUCCAACGCACACCACAGAUGGACUGCUAUGUCAAAGGUUAUUUGUCGCUUUGAUGAUGAUGGUCAGGGUCUGGUCUUUAAGAAGGACCUCAGGAGUCUCCUCUAUACCUAUGACCUCCCCAUCAGUCCUGAUGAGUUUGAGGAACUGUGGGCCAGGUAUGAUGGAGAGGGGCGUGGCUACCUCACCUGUGCUGCGUUCCUAGAGAAGCUGGGCGUGGAUCCACAGGAGGUGGGACAUGCAAGGAAGGAUGCAGACACCACCCCCACAGAUGGUCUCCCUGCAGGGGCUACACUACAGGACGUUGAGCGCGUGGUGCAGGGUAACUGUAAGGGGUUGAGCAGUGCUCUGACCCGCUUGGAUAAGAAGAGAGAGGGUCUAGUCACGGUGGAGGACCUACAGAGUCUCCUCCAGAGAUACAACUGUCCCCUACACAGACACCAGCUCACCCACCUCCUACACACACUCAAGGUUCCAAUGGAUAGUGAGAACAGAAAGUUGUCAUACGUGGACUUCCUGAAGGCGUUUGACCACGGGACAGGGAAGGGUUGUGAGCACCCCCCUAGGCCCUGUGGAUCCCCUGACCCAGCAGAGAGUCUGGAGUGGCUCAGUCCUGAGAGAGCUGCUGGUAGGAUACGGGAACUAGUCACUGCAUCGAUGGAUAUGCUCCACAAGGCCUUCUCUGCCUUCGACAGGAGUGGGAACGGGACGGUCACCCCUCUGGAGUUCCGGCGGGUGUUGGACCAUUUCUGUGCCCGCCUCUCGGACACCCAGUUCAGAUUCCUGCUCGACAGACUGAAGCUAAACUGGGAGAACCACACAGUGUACUGGAGAGACUUCCUCAACCAGUUCAACCUAUGCAACCUGGAGACCCCUGAGGGUUGGUCGGACAGAGUGGGUAAGGCAGGUUUCCCUGCCCAGCCCCAGCCUCUGCCAAUCAGUGAGGAAGUUGUCUCCGCCUGUCUGUACACCAUCGCCAAGGAGAUGGUGGACUUAGACCACACCCAUAACGACACCAUCUCCAAAGAGGACUUCAGAAUGCGUGACCGUCAAUUCAUGAGGCUCACCUGUGACCAGUUUGAGAGGGUGUGGGAGAAGCUGCCAGUCAAUGUGUUGGGGGAUCUGGAGUACAGGGACUUCCUGAAGCAUGUCAGUGGAGCUGGAGGGAUAAGGGACAAGACCACAGACCCAGAGGACAUCAGUCCCAUGAAAUCCGCAUCACCACCAUCCCCUGGGCCCAUAGAUAUGAUGUCACCAUCACCACCAUCCCCUGGGGCCAUAGAUAUGAUGUCAUCAUCCCCACCAGCUCUAAAGAGGCCAAAGACUACAGGCAGCAACCUCCAACGCUCAAAAUCGGAGGUGGAUGUGUCCAGCAGGGCCAGGCGUCCAUCCACAGUGGGGAGAGAGAGGGAGAGCCCCCUGGUGGACUGUGAGAAGAUGGAGAGGAGGCUGAAGGGGGAGGUGCAACGCUGCUGGAGGGACAUCCAGAGGAGGUGCAGGGAGGAGGACAGAGACAGCGACGGAGAGAUCAGCACACACUGCUUCCUGGACAUCCUCCAAGGCCUCAACGUCAGUGUGACCCAGAAGGAGCUUGAUCGGCUGGCCGUAAAGUUCGACAUGAGGGAUAGUGGGAGCGUGCCAUAUCCUGACUUCCUACGUCACUUCCUCCUCAACUUCGAACCGCCAGCGGUCAGACAGCCCUUUGAGCGGCCCAAACUACCUCUCCCCACUACUCCGAUGAGUGGGGGUGUUCUCAGUAGACAGUGUGUGGAAACCAUGCUGAAGCUCUAUGACCCGGUCCAGCAGUUCUGGCGCUCCAUGAGGCAAAACUUUGUUACCUUCGACCACAACCGCAGUGGCAAAAUCUCCAUCAAGGAAUUCAGAAAGGUGCUAAGGCAGUUCAGAGUGAACCUAUCCGAGGAGGAAUUCUUCCACCUCACCUCUUUCUUUGACAAGAACACUACAGGGAAGAUCUCCUACAAUGACUUCCUACGGGGCUUCCUACCUGGUCUCUAACCUCUGACCUCUGACUAUGGCCCUACUGUAGGCUCCUGUGAAGGUUUAGCUAGUUAUCACUGAUAAAUCAGUCCAUAUUGAUCGCUAUAAUUUUACUGCACCACUGAGUGAAGGGG